GUGAGAGAGAGAGAGCGGCGGAGGGGCCUUCUGAGGCGGCCGCACGAGGAGGGCAGGGGGAGGAGCCUACAGGAAGCCAUCCUGCCUUCCUCAGGAGGGUCCGACCCACUUUUUGUUGGAGGCUCUCCAGUGGUAAAAGCAGGAUGCUCCAACAAGUGCCAUGAGACUCAAAGCACUGUUCACAAUAUGCUAUACAAGAGGCGUCCCUCGGAGAGGUGCGCAUGCUGAUGUGCUAUGCGCAGGCAUCGGCCCCCUGGCGCCCUUCGACCCACCCCUCAAACGCAGUCAGGCAGCCUCCUCACCCUCAGGCUGAUGAGGAGGAGGAGGAAGAAGAGGAGGAGGACGAGGAGGAGCUCCAGGGCAAAGAGGAGGAUCGGCAACAGAGACACAACGUCCACAUCAACGACAUCGAGUCGGAAUCGGACAAGCUCAGCCUCGGGGCGAGACGCUCCUCGGUCGAGCGGGGGAUGUCGGAAACCCUAUUUACACUGUCGCACCCGUCUCCCGGGACUCAGCUGUGGAGCAUGCCGCGCUCAAACAACGCUCCCCGCAGAAGCCGGCGCUCGGGAACCCAUCCCAGAGGCGCCAACAAAAAUUCCCCGCACGCGACGAGGCCGACGCCCCCGAGGGAGCCCAUCCCAGGAGAGGCCGGCAGACGCGGGCGGCGGGAGGAGCAGAAACAAGAGCAGAAAAAGUGCGGGACGCGCAGGGGGGACACAGGCGUGCUCCACGCGAUGGCGAGGACCGCUAUGGAGCGAAUUGUCACAAUCUAGGCCUGCAUGAUCCGUCCAGCGGUCUCAGGGCGUCAGCAGGGAGCCUCUCCGAUGACUCGAAGUUGUUAGGAUCAACCACAUUUGGGCAUGAAAUAACGGCGGGCCCGCGCCAACCUUUGGGUGGAGCCAGGAGGAAAAGGGAGUAGGAUGAGGACGAGGAGGAGGAGGAGGAGGAGGAGGGACAGAGCGGGGCGGGGGAGCAGAGCUGCCGAGAGCGCGUGGUCCGUGCCACGUUGUUUGUCCUUUGGCACUCGCUUGUUCGGACCCUUCUCCGAGCAAAGCGUGAGCAAGCACGUGCCGGCGGUAUCAUCAAGCCUGCCAUCGCGCACACGAGCGAAGGCUCGAGCGCCAGGGCUGCAUCUGGAGGCCCCCCUGAGACGGUGCAGGGA